AUGAUUAAUAUUUCUGAUUUCACAGUUCCGGAGUUCCGCGUCAACAACAAUGGAUUGCAGAUGGAGAAAAAGACUGCGGCACAGCCUUCAAAAGCUUCAUUCGUCUCUAUAUACCUAGGUAAUUACUAACCCGUUGGUAUUGAGCUUUAUACGCACUGCCGUUCAUAGUAUAGUCAGCCUUGAUAUCAGUCAUCUAUAAACCCGUAUAAACCAUUGCAGCACUAACAAAAUGACUCAUACUAGAUUACAAAAGAGUGUCUACGACACUUCGUGGGUAAUAGAUCAUCAUCUACUCUCCUUCUCCCCCUCCUAAUUGUGUCCUCAAGACUUCUAUUUAUAUUUCGCAAUGGAUCCGGAACUCGAAGGCAGCCCGGGAUUUCAUCUGCCUGCUUUCAACCCUGAGGCUUCGAUUUCACAACAGGAUUGUCUAGACGCCAUGCGAGGAGAACUCAUUCCAGCGAAGCUUGAAAGUUUUAGGAUGAUAGCUUGCAUAGUCCAUGGAUUGCGGUAUAACGAAGCAUUUGCCGAGUCUGAGCCGAUGAAUGAAGUCUGCGCUAAGAGUACCAAUAAAGUUUUGGCUCGCGCUAGGAACGCGUGCUUGAUCAUGAGCAAUAAGAUUCCCCUUAUGACAAAUGAUGAGGAGAAGCCAUACUGCAUCUGGCAUCCACAAGUAGCAACUAUCGACACAUAUCGUGGGCUAGUUCGGAAAUAUCCCGACAUGCGGUACCACGUUGCUCGGGCAUGUGCCAUUGGCGGCUAUGUCGACUUGUACCGUGAACUCGAUUUGCUCCGGGAUAUCUCCAUAGCUGAAGAAGCAAGGGAUAAUAUUGGCGUUGUCAGUUCAAAGGAGAUAUUUGAUCUUAUCAUGAGUCAACCGAUUGUACUCCGUCAUGGAUGAUUACACGCGCUCGGUGAAUUGGAAAGCUCCACGCAUAGCGACGGGGUCUAAAUGAUGACACGGCAGUGCUCUCAUCAUUGGAUGUGACAUUUGAAGUUUGGGAGAAGUGGCCUAAAAAUCGCUUUCAUUAUUUCAAUAUCACCGAGGAUCAUAACGUCGGCAGACGUCUUCUCCUCAGACAUAUAGCCGUCCUCCGGCUCCUGAGCAUGUCUCCCUACUCUACAAUCCUCUGCCACUUCACCUCCCAACCACAAACAAGGAUGCUCUUAUUGUUCAUGCUGCUUACGAGAGCAACAUCGAUCGAUACGCGCGCCUCCGACGUCCUGUCAUGAUCAGCUCAGUAGAGGGUAAGGCCGUCGUGCGCGGUAUCUAUCACCACACAGCCUUUGCACAUUGGCUCGUUAGUCAACCGUUCUCUUUCUUCCAGCAUAUGAGGCAUGAAGUCAAAGAAGCCAUUACGGCUCGCUUCAUCAUGGCCAACGAUUUAUCUCGUAUAAGCGACGACUCCGUCAUCGAGAGCGCGACGACGACGCCAAAACAACGGAUACAUGAGACGAAAUUAUUCUCAUAA